GUUGUAUACACACAUCCACCAUGAUUUCCGCUCGAAUAUCGCUGCUCUUGCGGCUGGCAUUGGCCUUCUAUACAUCUCUCGCCGCAGCAGCAUCCAAUUCGCAGCAGCCGCUGGUCGGCGAAAGAAUCUACAAAGUUGGCGACAAGAUUCCCGUCACAUGCUUGAAUCGCACAGUUGAAACAGGCGAACACAUCACCGACGAAAACAACCAACUCGUCUACAUCCCCGCCUUCACCUGCAACGAAACCGGCCGACCCCUCGAACUCAUCUUCGGCGUAGAACGCGACAUCAACUGCACCAUCGACUUCAUCGACGACCCCUUCUUCCACCUCCUCGAAUACUACGUCCACAACGAUGUGCCCCUCACCUGCCGCAUCCCCACCAAACCUCUCGCACCUUCCGUCCUGAAAGAAGACUUUGAAAAGAGCACAAAGGAUAAUACAGAAGGACAAGGCAGCCUAAGCGAAAUUUACACGCCGAUGAUUGUUGCUCUUGCGGGGACGCUACAGUUGAGUCAUUUGCAUGUCGCGACGCAUUUGAAUGUUUUGGUGCAUGCUGCGCCGAAGAAUGUUGCGCCCGGGACGAUUGCCGCUGCGACGGCGUAUAGUAUUUCACGCGAUCCGCCGAGUAGGAUUGUGAUUGGGGAUCCUUUGCCGUUGCAAUUUAGUGUGAGGUGGUACCCGAAUACUUUGCUGCCGAGUGGGUGGACGGGUGUGGGUGGGCAUUUGACGUUUAGUACGGUGGUUUAUUGCUUUUUGACGGCUUUGGCGACGGCGGCGAUUUGUGUGUCGUAUUUUAGAGGGAUUGAAUUGCCGAGGAGGUUGAAGAAUCAUGGGAGGGAGAGGACGAGUGGGAUUGAACGAGGCGGUUUGGGAAGUGGAUUGGGAGGUUAUGGAAUUGCUGGGGUGGGGAAUGGGUAUGGAUAUGGUAUUGGGAAGAGAGAUUAGAGGAUGCAAUGAAGACAUGUUUUAUUUCAA